AUGCCACCUCGAAUAUGCAUGAGGUCACUGCUUGACGGGCUCAAUGCCUCCCUCACCACCACCUCCCGUCUCCCCAUCCGCACAUUCUCCUCCACCUCACCCAUCUCCGCCGCCGCACGCAAGAAGCGAAAACAUGCCACCCUCGACCGAUAUGCCGCCGCCCAACUCGAGCGCAACCGCCUCGCGAACCGCACCCGCCAAGCCGAGCUCCGCGCGGAAGACGCCCUCGCCGCCGGCGACCCCGUCCACGGCCGCCCAACCCCCUUCGUCGAGUCCUUUGACGCCGCCAUUGACCUCCCCGACCUCUCUCCCGAUGCCGACAGCCCCCCCGCGCCCCCCGCCGCCCGCCUGAAGCACUUCUUCGACCCCGACGAGAUCGAGCAAACCCUCUCCAAAGCCCAACACCUCGCCCACCCCAUCAACACCGCGCCCGCCCACCCCGGCGACACUUCCCCCUUCGCCGAGCUCCUUGAGAACCACACCCUCCAGCACCAAACCGCCACCGAGGCCAUCGCGCGCAUCACCUCCCUCACCCAAGCCAACAACGAAGACCUCCUCCGCGUCAACAUCCAGCGCUGCAUCGACGUCUUCGGCCGACACUCCACCGACUCCACCCUCCCACGCAAAGCGCUCGCCGCCUCUCCCGGCCCCAAUCUCUCCCCCGCCGCGGGCCGACGGGACCCCGCGCCCGUCCCCCGCGCGGGUCCGGACACGGGGAGCAGCGAGGUGCAGAUCGCGAUCUUGACGGCGAAGAUCCGGGCGGUGGCCAACGCGCUGGAGACGCGGGGGACGACGGAUAAGGUGACGAAGCGGGAUUUGCGGCUGCUGGUGCAUCGGAGGCAGAAGUUGUUGCAGUACUUGCGGCGGAAGGAGAGGGGGGGGCCGCGGUGGGUGAAUGUCAUUGAGAAGUUGGGGUUGACGGAGGCGACGUGGAAGGGAGAGAUUAGCUUGUAG